CAAUAAAUCUCAGUCGUCCCUUCUCUGUGUCUCGCUAAAAAAACAUAAAAAUGGCAUUGCUCGAUUCCGUCCAUCAUCUCCUCCUUCUCUCCAUCAUCUCCGUGGCUUGCGUCUCUCCCAAUCCCACACGCGCGUCCGUGCACGAGUACGUACGUGCGAAGUUCACGAGCAAGGGAAAUGCUUUCGUGCUCCACGGCGGCAGCGAAGGCCUCUACGCCUCCUCCCUUGUUCCCUUCUCCACCAGCAAUCUCUCCUCCUCCUCCUAUAUACGUUUUGAAAAGAUUACAUUCAAAAGGACAAAGGAAGCUGCUGAAUCUAAUAAAGAAACCAACUCUGGGUUGGUUCAAGCCAUCAUUUUCGAGGUCGAAGAUCGAGAGAUGAUUGGCGGUUCGGCCUACGGCGGUCAAAGGGCUGUUUGCUGCACACGGGAUUUGGCCAAAUUAGGUGCUUGUACGCAAGGAGAAGUAAUCUACCGUCCCUCUACUACGAAUCGUCAAUGGCCACAAGUAUUUGGUGUCUCUUUCAAAGGAGAUGAUGUUGUCGCUACUUUGGAAUCGAAAUAUAUACAGAUCACAAAGACGGGGAUGUAUAACCUGUAUUUCGUUUAUUGCGAUCCAAAACUCAAAGGGCUGGUUAUAGAGGGGAAGACUAUAUGGAAAAAUCCAACUGGCUAUCUGCCCGGAAGGAUGGCCCCGCUAAUGAAUUUUUACGGGUUCAUGUCCCUUGCUUUCGUGGUCCUUGCAGUCUUCUGGUUCUCUCAGUACGCCCGGUUUUGGAGAGAGGUUCUUCAACUACAGAACUGCAUAACUCUGGUGAUUGCAUUGGGUAUGUUCGAAACGGCAUUGUGGUAUUUCGAGUAUGCUCAAUUCAAUAAAACUGGAGAGCGGCUGAUUGGGAUUACUAUAUGGGCAGUGACCUUUGGUAAUGUUAAACGGACAGUUUCGCGCAUGAUCAUCCUAUUGGUUUCGAUGGGAUAUGGCGUUGUGAGGCCUACGUUGGGUGGUCUCACUUCGAAGGUGAUUAUGCUCGGAACUACAUUCUUUCUGGCAUCAGAGGUGCUUGAAAUGGUCGAGAAUGUCGGCGCGAUUGAUGAUGUUUCAGGAAAGGCUAGUUUGUUCUUGGUUCUUCCAGUAGCAGUCCUUGAUACAUUCUUCAUUCUUUGGAUAUUCACUUCCCUCUCCAAAACACUGGAGAAGCUCCAGGCAAGAAGAAUGGUGGCCAAGUUAGACAUUUACAGGAAAUUCACGAAUGCUUUGGCUGUGGCUAUUAUUGUAUCAGCAGCUUGCAUUGGUUAUGAGCUGUACUUCAAGUCAAAUGACGUGUACAAUGAGCGGUGGCAGAUUGCCUGGAUCAUCCCGGCCUUCUGGCAAGUGCUAUCCUUUUCUCUUCUUUGCGUCCUCUGCGCACUUUGGGCUCCCUCUCAAAAUUCAAUGAGAUACGCCUACUCAGACGACACAAGUGAAGAAAUCGAUGAGGACACUCUCACACUGAUGAAACCAAUGCCGUCGCCUUCAAAGGAAGUAUGGAAUGCUUCUGCUCUCGUGGAUAUCAGAACCUCACUAGACACUGGCGUCUCUUUUAGUGGGGAUCCUGAAGAAGACAAGAGGGAGUAAGCUGAUCUCUCUGCCUGCAUUGUUGUUAUUUAACAGGAGCUGUAGGAUGGAUUGACUUGGUGUCUGAUCCUUGAAUGGAUGCAUCUGAUGCUUCCCUGAUUGAUACGGUCCACUGUUGUAGAGAUCCGGCCAUGUGAUGAUACAUAUACAGAGAGGAUGCUAUAUGCACUUGUAUACUUCUUUUUUUUUCUUGUAUGUUUUUUAGUGGAAAAGCAUAGGUAGUGAACAACCAUUAAAUGUUUGUUUUGGCCCAUUAAUAAAGAGCAUCUGAAUGAUUCA